UCAGUAAUAAACAGACGUCGAACGCACGCGGUUCUCCCGAUUUGGUGUACCGUGUAUCUGCGACCGUGCCGCUACGUAUCUGUAUCUGCCAGCUGCUACGGCGACCCCUCGCAGUCGCGCUCGCGCUCGCUCUAUAAAAAUACACAAAAAAGAGUAGGAAGAAGAAGAAGAAGCAAAGCACCCACCAAUAACAAAAAUAAAAGCCGGUUCGGUUCGCAGGCACGUCAAGGAUGCAAUGCAUUGAAUAUUUUGUAUCUUUGGGAUACAAAUUAAGUUGAUUUGUUGCGCUCGCCUUGUGUGCGCUUCGUUUACGCUUUAAACGUACGUACGUCUACCACGGUAUUACGGUUCGGCUUUAAGCUGCCAGCCCUCUCUCUGCCCGUCGCCUGUCCGCUGCUUGGGUAAUUGAACUGCAACCCAUUCCACACGGGCAAUCUGCGGCCCCGUCUUCGGCAUUGCAUUUUGUGUAUCUAGAUACCUUUGUCGGUGCCGGUGUCGCUGCCAUUACAAUUUGAUGACAGCACAGCACAGCACCAGCAGCGAGCAGCAGGCAACGAGUAUCUUGGCUGCUUGUCGCUUGUCAAUCUAGGCGCUGAUAAAAAACGCAACCACGAAACAUAAACCAAGCCAGCAGCAGCAACAACAAAACAAGAAAAAAAUUAAAAAAGAAAAUAAAAAAAAAAUAAAAAAGCAAGUGCCGUGAAACGUCUGCGUAUCUUUGUUGCUUUUGGUCGCCGUGUUCAGUGAUAAAUGCAUUUCAUGCGUUCCAACUAUGUAAAUACCAAUUUAAUUUGAGUGUCUAUAGUAAAUACCAAGCCCCGCCGCACAACCCCACCCGCCCAGCCACCCCACAGAUACAAAGCAAAGCGUUAAAAAAGGCAGUCACCAGUUGGACUCGUCGUCGUCGUCGUCGUCGUCCGACUGUGGGCUGGCAACCAAAUAUUGAAUAUUUACACAUGCGUUGAGUGGAGUGCAUUUUCGAGUGGCUGCACUUACGAGUAUACCCCACUGUGCUAAAGGGAUAUACCCAAAUACACAGAUACAUACAUCCGUACAUACGUGCAUCGAGGGAAGUUUCAGUUUGAGUAGUAUAUCGUCAGUUUGUCAGCACAUAAUAUCCAGAAUCAACGUGAGUGUGCCCGUGUCUCUCUCUCUCUGUGUGUGUGUUUGUGUGUGUGUGUGUGUGUCGUGUUAUCAUACAGUUUGCUAAUUGGCUCGCUCCGAGAGACUGCCAGACACUCGACAAAGAAUUGACUGAGGAUACCCAACAUGGAUAUGAGCAUGUUCUUAAUGCUCGCUCUGGCGUUUGCUGUGCUGGCACCCAGCUUGGCGAGCUCGUCGCGAUUCAUUCAACCGCCGCAGAGUCAGUCCAUCAUUGAGAACGAUGCCGUUGACUUUGGCUGCGAGGCAACAGGACCCUCCGGCGAUUUGCACUACGAGUGGUUGCAUAAUGGUCAGCAAAUUGUGUAUGACAGGCGCGUCGCGCAAAUCGGCUCCAAUUUGCAUAUCGAGUCGGUGCAACGCGAGGAUGCCGGCGAUUAUGUGUGCAUUGCAGCCAGCGUUAACAGCGGCGCCAGGCAGGCCUCGCCUCCAGCUAAAUUGAGCGUGAUAUAUCUGGACUCAGCCAGCGUGCAGCUGCUGGGCAGCAAUCGUAACGAGCUGCUACUCAAGUGCCAUGUGGAGGGCGCCUCCGGCGAUGAGCCGCUGCAGAUUGAAUGGUAUCGGGACAGCGCUAAGCUGAGCACCUGGCAGAACGUGGAGCUGCAGCAGCAUCGACUGCUCAUCCGUCAGCCAAGCGGCGCCGACGAUGGGCUCUAUCGCUGCAUUGCCUCUAAUGCGGCGGCACGCGUGAUGAGCAAGCAGGGCUAUGUUUAUCGGCAUCAGUCGAGUGUGCUUGGUGUGACCAGGUGCCUGCCCAGGCUAAAGAAGAACCAGAAGUUGCCCGAGUCGUGGGGCAAGCAAGUCUUCUUGUGUCGCGGCAAGCGUGGCGGCUCUGGCGGCAUGGAUCAGGCAAUGUCACUGCCCCCGUCGCCCGAAGGUCUGCGCAUUGUUCAGGGGCCCAAUGCCAAGCUGAUUAUCAAGGAGGGCGAUUCGGCAGCCCUGAGCUGCCUCUAUGAACUGCCCGCCGAGCUGCAGAAUCAACGCGUUCAGUUGCGCUGGCGCAAGGAUGGCAAAAUCUUGCGACACGUGGAGCUGGGCGAGACUCUAAUACCUGGCCUGGCGCUCGACUAUGGCAAGGAUACAUUGCUGCGCGAGGAUGGACGACUGGUGCUGCACAAGCAGAACGGCACGAUGAGCUUCAACAGCAUAAUUGCCAGCGAUGCGGGCCAGUACAUGUGCCAAAUACAGCUGGAGGGGCAUGCGGCAGUCAACUCCUCACCUGGCACACUGGAGGUCAUUGAACAGCUCAAGUUUAUGCCGCAGCCAACCUCAAAGAAUCUUGAGCUGGGCUCACUGGGCAAGCUGCACUGCAAGGCGCAGGGCACUCCCACGCCGCAAGUGCAAUGGUUGAGGGAUGCGGCGAAUGGCUCUCUGCCCGAACACGUGGAUGACAUCAAUGGCACUUUAAUAUUCAGGAAUGUUAGCGCCGAGCAUCGCGGCAACUAUACGUGCCUGGCCAGCAAUAGUCAGGGUCAGAUUAAUGCCACUGUCUCUAUAAAUGUGGUGGUCGCGCCCAGGUUUAGUGUGGCGCCUGUGGGACCCAUCGAAACGGCCGAGCAAGGCGUGGCUGUUAUUCACUGCCAGGCCAUUGGAGAUCCCAAGCCGACCAUACAAUGGGACAAGGAUUUACAGUAUCUGAGCGAAAACAACACGGAUCGCCAGCGUUUCAGUUUCCUGGAGAACGGCACACUCGCCAUACGCAAUGUGCAGGCGGAGGAUGAGGGCAAAUAUGGCUGCACCAUUGGCAACAGUGCAGGCCUCAAGCGGGAGGAGGUACGUCUGCUGGUGCGCUCCAGUGGCGAUGGCUUCAUUACGGAAGAGUCUGCCGGCGAUGGUUUCCUUGUGACGCGCGCUGUACUCAUCACAAUGACCGUUGCGCUGGCCUACAUAGUGCUCGUGGUGGGUCUGAUGCUGUGGUGCCGUUAUCGGCGGCAGGCACGCAAGGCGCGCCUAAAUGAGCUCAGCAUCAAGGAAGCUGGCGGCGAUCAGGCGGAGGCGGGCAAAAGCAAUGAGCAGGAGCCCUGCCUGUCUAAGCAGCAACGCAACGGCCACAGCAAGUCCCGUGCAGCCAAUGGGGAUGCACAGAAAUCCGAUGAUACCGCUUGCAGUCAGCAGUCCAAGGCUUCCAAGAAAUCCGCCCACAUUUAUGAGCAACUGGCACUGCCACGCUCCGGUCUCACUGAAUUAAUUCAAAUUGGACGCGGCGAAUUUGGUGAUGUGUUUGUGGGCAAGCUGAAGGCGUCUCUGGUGGCAGCCGCUUCGCCAAGCGACAAGGAUGCAGACACGGAGAAACAGCAUAGCAACAGCGAGAAUGGCAGCGGUGCCAGCGGCAGCGGCAGUGGUAGCACCACCUUGAGUACUCUGAAUGAGAAGCGACGCUCCAAGACCUCCAUGGAUGACAUUGAGGAAAUCAAGGAGGAGGAACAGGAGCCAGCCGAGUCUGCCGCCGAUCAACUGGUGCUGGUCAAGGCACUCAACAAGGUUAAGGAUGAACAGGCCUGCCAGGAAUUCCGUCGUCAGCUGGACUUGCUGCGUGCCAUCUCGCACAAGGGUGUCGUUCGUCUGUUUGGCCUAUGCCGCGAAAAGGAUCCACAUUACAUGGUGCUGGAGUACACAGACUGGGGUGACCUCAAACAGUUUUUAUUGGCCACCGCCGGAAAAGUUAACACGGCCACAGCCACAUCCUCACCACCGCCACUAACCACAAGCCAGAUGCUAGCUGUAGCUUACCAAAUAGCCCGCGGCAUGGAUGCAAUCUAUCGCGCUCGCUUCACCCACAGAGACCUGGCCACUCGCAACUGCGUCAUCUCCAGUGAAUUUAUUGUUAAAGUCGCCUAUCCGGCCCUGUGCAAGGACAAGUACAGUCGCGAAUAUCACAAACAUCGCAACACGCUGCUGCCGGUGCGCUGGCUGGCACCGGAGUGCAUACAGGAGGAUGAGUAUACCACCAAGAGCGACAUUUUUGCCUUUGGCGUGGUUGUGUGGGAGCUUUUCAAUCAGGCCACAAGGCUGCCGCACGAGGAUCUAACCAACGAGCAGGUGGUACAACGUGCACUGGCCAAUACACUGGAAUGGACCGUGGCCGAGGGUACGCCAGACUGCCUCAAGGAGAUAUUGCUCUCCUGCUGGUUGGCCAAUCCCAAGGAACGCCCAUCUUUCAGUCAGUUGGGUGCUGCGCUUAGCAAGGCCAUGCAAAGUGCUGAGAAAUAGGCGCACCAGCGUUGCCAGACCGAUGACUGACUUAGUGUUGGUAAACGUUGAAGCAAGAAACAGUUUGCUAACUACGCCAAAUAUAAUUUGUAGUAUUCUCUUAGUACAUACAUGCAUACAUACAUAAAAAUCGGCUUAAGUUAAGUUUGAUACAUUUUCGAGGUUACGUCUUGCAUUGAACUGAGUUAUUUUCAAAUGCCAGACGCAUGUUCAACAUGCAUAUUUAUAAUCCCAACUUAAGAUUAAUGUAUUUUAAAUGUAUAGACCAUAAGCAUUGAUAUCUUCUCUAAAGUAUUUACAUACAUACGUGGUGCUGCAUAGAAUAUGCAGCUAAAAUGUAAAUAAAAACUGCCACAAACAUUUGCAUUUAAACCAGUUGAAGCAUUUAUAGCCGUAGUCUUGGCAAUUUGAAGUAUUCCAAGAAAUAUUUUAAAACUAACCCAAUGAAUAUAGGAUUAUGCUAGGCUUAAGUUGAUUUUAUUACCUAACAAUUGUAAGCAAUACGCAAAAUAUAUAUAAAAUAUUUGUGAAAGUUACAGAAAAUACACAAAAAUUUAAUCACAGCGUGUAUUUUCAAUUUGAAAUUAACAAUUAAGCCAAACUUCAAUUUAACGUGAAAACUUUUAAACAUAUAUCAUAUACAUCAUUUUUCUAUACAAACAUGCAUAUUACAUCAAAUACUUUAAACUUAGGCAUAAGCAUGUAAGCCGUAAAAAAUUUAUAACUAGCAUUUUAAGCUUUGAUGCAUGUUUACAAAACAUUUAAAUGAAAUAAUAAACACAAAUAAAUAAAAUAAGCAA